AUUCGGAUUCGGAUUCAGAUUCCUCAGCACUCCAGCAUCUUCAACACCCAAUACACUAAAAGUUCUUCCCCUCCCUGCUCUGUCCUCCACCCCUCCCCUACUCCGCUCCCCUCUAUCCUCUUUCAUUCGUCUGGGAGCCGACGAAAUCCUCUAUUUCACCUGCCUGUUAUUUUUCUGGUCGCCUUCAAUCGGUAGAAAGUAAGACGGUGUAAACGUACGCAGACGAAUUUACCCUCGUUGUUGAUUCUUUGGUGAGGUUAGGGUAAAGCCAAACAAUGUCCUCAGACUCGGACUCGCCGGAGCGGAAGAAGCCCCGGCGGAGGUGGUGGGAUAGUGGAAUUGUUUCUGGUUCCGUAAAUAAGGUGACCAUCUUUCUGAUGGGCCGAAAAAACAAGACGGCGGACCCGGCUGGAAUUCGCACCGCCACCGUCACCGUCGCCCCCAGCUGCGAUUUCCGCGGGAGAUUCGUGCAGAUGGGUCUCGCACUCGUAGAUUCGAAAUUAUAUGCUUUUGGUGGUCAUGGCUUUAAUACCUCUCCCAAUGGUAUUGACGAUACUGAUGACGAUGGCUUCCCGUACUGGAAAUACCCGCGAGAUCUGUACGUCUGCGAUCUGGGAACGGACCCCGACAUCCAAAAGCAACCCCUCGAGUUCAAGCAAUACGCAGACCGUCUGAAGGCACCCAAGGUCAAGCCGAUCCACGUUCCUUACAAGGAUGACAAGAUUUUCAUAUUGUCGAGCGCUUAUCACCCCUUGGCGUACCCGGACCUCUCUGCUCCUUGUGAGGUUUUGAACCUCAAGGAUCUCUCCACGCGAGUCGUUGAUCCGCCAUUGGAGAUGUGGGAUCCCCGUUUGAUCCCAGGUUGCUCUUCGCUUCCAGGUUACAUGGGUCAUGUAGUUGUAGGGAGGGAAUUGAUUGUUUAUAUGCACAAUCAUGUUGGCCACUGUGUGUUUGCUCUUGACAUGGAAGAGCUAAAGUGGCGUCGCAUCAUUACUGAGUGUGAUGAUCAUUAUUACCGAACACCUAUGAUACCCAACCUGUUGCUGAUGAUCUACCCAUGGUUUCGGUUCCCUGAGGCGCACUGUUCGAAUCUUGUUCACAAUGGUCGGUUGUUUAUGGUGGAAAAGCAGGAUCAUCAUCGCCCCUUUGAAGCCAUCCUUGUUAAGUUCAUGUCGAAUGCUUCGGCAAGUUAUGCUGAGCUGCUGCAGCAGGAACACAAGACUAGGGAAUUGUGUGCUCUUUCUGAGUUGGCGUCGCGUAGUCUACCAGCUGAAUGUCUAUAUGGGGACGCAAUGGUGCUUCCUUUUGGAGAUGGUGAUGUCUACUGUCUCUUUCUCUGGUGGGGACUUGAUCGGUUCCAAAUGAGGAACCAGUUCAAGGUUUACAUGUUUAAAUUGGUUGAUGAUGAUGGUGGUUGUGAAAUCUUAGGCGAGGCGGUGGAGGAUUUCGGUGUUUUCACAAAUGAUUUUGACUCCCCUAAAAUCACUGCCUUUACCCGCACCAGCUAUCUAGAGACGGGUGUUUGGUGAAGGAGCUGGAUUGCUCAGCCAUGUGAAGUCGUUGCAUCGGAUUCUCUCUAUAGUGUUGGGAGAUUUUGGCACGCCGGUCUCAGGGCAAUGUGAUUGCAGGGCUCCAAAAUUUCCAGGGCUACAGUUGUGGAGGAUUGGCCAUGCCGCUUGUAGCUGAUUUCCAGUUUCGCUGGCUGAACAUGGGGCUUCUUUGCUUUUUGUGGUGUCGUCUUAAUAUCUAGUGCGAAUCUGUUAAAUUAAAUUAGAUGUUUCCCAUGCUCUGAAUAGCUUUCAUCUGCACUUUUGGACUGCUGGAAUCAUUUCACCGCAAAUCACAUUGCCUCCUUUUGUCAAAAACUUGUAUGGAUUGGUGUGGUACUUUAUGCUGUUUAGAACCAUAGAUCGCUCUAAUUUGUUGUUGCAGGGGAGCAACAGAUGCCUCCCCCCUGCCUGUCCGUCGAAAAAUGAGAAGGAAGCGUAGAGCUUUAGAGCAAGGUUGUUAAACCCCUAUCGAACCCCCGGUUGGACCCGGUCCGAGGCUUAAGGACUAGAUCCAACCCGAAAACCAAAUGCUUAACGAUAGAACUCCUCCAAGGUUUGUCCCGCUAUAAGAUUGGCAGCCCUCUUUGAAGAUCGUAUAAAAUGAAUGGAAAGUCGAUACAUAAAUUAAGUUUGCGUCCAUAGAGUCGA